GGCACAGUAACGGGACAGCAGGUCUUGUAAAUGGAGAUGGGUUAACAAUAGAUGCGCAGUGUUUGACAUAACAUUCACCUUUCUACAGUGCGGGAGUUUUUUUUUUUUAAAUUGAUUUUAACCCCAGACGCAGUUAGUUUUUGGCUAAUUGAAUAGAGACUUGACUCUUCGGUCAAUUAGGCUACACCGGCUUUUUGUUCCAGGCGGUCAUGGCGAUUGCUCACGUAGCCACCGAGUACGUUUUUUCCGACUUUUUGUUGAAGGACCCCACGGAGGCCAAAUACAAAGGGGUGCGUCUGGAGCUGGCGGUGGAUAAAAUAGUCACGUUUCUAGCGGUGGGACUGCCUUUGUUUCUCAUCUCCCUCGCUUUUGCUCAAGAGGUGUCAGUUGGUACCCAGAUCAGCUGCUUUGCUCCCACAAACUUCUCUUGGAAACAGGCCGCAUAUGUGGACUCAUUUUGUUGGGCAGCAGUACAGCAACAAGGUGACAGCUCGCCGCUAUGGCUGCACAAGUUCUUCCCAUACAUCCUGCUCUUACUGGCCAUCCUCAUGUACAUCCCGGCCCUGUUCUGGCGUUUCACUGCAGCGCCCCACCUCUCCUCUGACCUAAACUUCAUCAUGGAGGAGCUGGACCGCUUUUAUAAUCGUGCCAUCAGACUGGCCAAGAACGUAGCGUCCUUAGAUAACAAAGGUGCAUCUGAGGACACCCAGAGUGCUUUGGAUCUGACCGAGGGUUGCUUCAAAUACCCUUUGGUAGAGCAGUAUCUGAAGACCAAGCGCUUCUCUCACAGCCUUGUGGUCAAGUACCUGUUAUGUCGGGGACUGAUUCUGCUGAUCCUCCUGCUGGCCUGCAUCUACCUAGGCUACUACAUCCGACUGGCCUCUCUCACUGACGAGUUUCCCUGUGACCUGCGUACAGGGGUGCUGAAGAACAACAGCAUGGUGCCCUCUGCUGUGCAGUGUAAGCUUGUGGCAGUGGGUGUCUUCAGGCUGCUCAGCUACAUCAACUUGGGUGUUUAUGUGCUCCUUGCUCCACUGGUAGUGUACGCUGCUCUUGGACCAGCUCGCCAGAGCUCCAGUUUCCUCCGGCCUUAUGAACUGCUGCCGGGGUAUGGUGCUUUGGGCGUGGUCACACCCUUCUACAACGACCUGAGUAUCUACCUGUUGUUCCUACAGGAGAAUCUGAGCGAACUCAAAUCAUUUAAGUGUCUGCAGGUGCUUGAGUUGUUGCAAGAGGCUGGUGAUGAGGGGUUUGACACCAUGUGCCUGCUGCAAACUCUGGGUCAGGUGAAGACUGAUAGGUUAGACAGUAAGAAGACAUGCUUACGCAAGAACAACAAGGAAACGAAAAGAGCCGAGGAAUGAUUCCUCUGAGAUGUUUCUGCCUUGUUUCUGAAUAACUGGCCUGAAUCGGAGAAGCCCUGCUGUGAUGGAAAAGAAGAAUUGUGAGAAAAACCUGUGCACUUACUGCAGCGUUAGUCAAAUCAGAGACAUUUUACCUCUCAGAUGUCUUAUUUUUGGUAAAUGUGAAUACUCCAAGGACAAGUGUCUCUGGUCUGGGGCAAUCUACUGCUGAUCCUGACCUUGUUUUUUUUCUGAAAUGAAAUGCCUAUGUUUCUAUCUUUUUCUAUGCUACUUUUCUCAGGAUCUUAAAUGCCUUCCAAUCAUAAUAUUUAAUAUAAGCCAUGAUCCUUGAACUGAAAUCUAUUAAUUUUCCAGUUGCAAGAGCCCACUUCCUGCCCUUUAUGUUACAAUGAGAGAAGUUUCUGAACACAGGGUUUUGAUGUACUGUAUUUCUAGUUGUGGCGGGUAAUAAGAAGAUGUAGUGAUUAAUGAAAGUUAAAUAUGAAUUGUUAGGUAUUAUAAGAACGACUGGAGCAGUGUUUUCUGGACUGUCAUGCAUGUGACUAUUUUAGCCCAAAUGUGCUUUUAACAACAGGUGGUGUACUGUAUGGGCAUGUUGUAAGUAAACAGAAAGGCCAUGGGCUGAAAGAUGAAUAAAUAUUUUUUAGGGGAAUAAAAUGCCAAUGUCAAUUGUUGUCGGAGGUAAAGCCUUUCAGGCUUCCAGGGGCUCUUAUACAAUUAAAUAAUGUUGUUCUCAAUAUAUAAUUAUGUACCAAGUGCAAGCGAAAUAAAUUCCAUUUCACUUUCCUCGUCAAAU